GGCCUCUCUCCCCGUCUUAAAGGCACUUCAACCUUCUCCGCCCCUCCCUCAGUCUGCGAAAUGAAGUCGUUUCUCUGUGCACUCGUGGUGGUCAGUGCCCUCGUGGCGGUCUCAGCCUUCCAUGUGCCGGUGUCGCCCGUGGCGUUCAGGGGAGGCCGCCGGGCUGCGCGGCCGACCGUCAGGAUGGCCACCAUCGGGCAGGAGAUCGCUCAGAACCCGGUGAGUGAGCGAGGGGAUGAGUCAGACGAUAGAUCUCCGUGCAGACGAGGCGCAAGAGAGGCUGGGAAUGACAGAUCUGCAGUCACACACUGCCCGCUGCCGUGUUUGUGUUUCCGUGGUUCUCUCUGACUGUGUCUGUCAGGAGUUGUCGAAACUGUUGGAGAUGAUCCGGCUUGCGGGCAUCAACCUGAGCAGCGGCGGCCCCUACACGUUCUUCGCGCCCGUCAACAGCGCCUGGGAGAAGAUGCCGCCCCGGUCCCGCAACCGGAUUGCCAAGGACGAGCACCGAGAUGUCCUCAAGGACACUCUGCUCUACCACGUCCUCACGGCCAAAAAGACCUCGAGUACAAAACGCCAGACAGACAGACAGACAGACGGCGACCGAGCGAGCGGGCGACGUAGAUAGGCAGAUGUGCUGUGCCGUGCAUAUGCCUGCCUGUCUGCCCGUCUUUCUGUCUGCAGGCGACAUCGCCGGUAGUGAGAACGUCCAGACGGUGUAUCAGCGUGAGAACGACUUUUCGUCGUGGCCGUCAGCCAACGUGCCCGUCAUGGUUCGCAAGAUGGGGAGCGGCACAAUGAUGGCCAACUCCGCCAAAGUCAUCAAGCCCGACAUCAUCUGUGACGACGGUACGCACCGCACACACACGCCAAGAACACCAAUUGAGGGAGAGGUGUCUGCCUGCAGGUGUGAUCCACUUGGUGGACAAGGUCUUUUUCCCCUAUGUGCACGACCAGGCGGGAUGGGGCAAGUAGACACACCCAACCCACAUGAUACAGUGAUGUGAUGUGGCGUGAUACGGGGGGGUCGAAGCCGAUUGACUGACUGCAUGGCUGCCUGCCUGACUGGGUCUGUCUGAACGGGUGGUGGGUGGGUGGGUGGGUGGCUGGUUGGCUGAUUGCUCCUCUUCUUACCCCCUCCCCCCCUCCCCUCCCGGUUUCCUUGUCUACUUACUGUUUUUCCCGUCCGUCUGUCCGUCUCAAGAUACAUAGGUCGAUGCAAUGGCCAUGUACUCAGCUGAUGGCUGCAGAAGUAUAUGUGCCGCUUCCUUCUAUGUGCCUUGCUUCUCCCUUCCUGCUGGUAGCUCACUCCCCGUCACAUCUGUUGGUGUGAUGGCGAGCCAGCUGCCGGUGGCGGUGAGAGAGCAUGUCACUCAGAGCACAGAGAAGGACAGAUGUGCACAACACGUCUAGCGAGGCAAGGAGGCAGGGUACCAUCCGUCCGUUUGUCCCGCCUGCACUGCCCGGCUGUGGAUCCAGGCUUUAAUGCAUGGGAUUACAUUAUAGCUAUGUAGGCGUACGAAACGCUGGCUGGCCGACUGACGGGUUUGGGGAAGUGAGUGAUUUUUGGGCUGCGAUUGAUGCGAGAGCUCAAAGCCAAG